CCUCACUCUGAGUGCACGUGUCAACGCUGCCCGCAAGCCGGACUGAACGUCACAUUCCUGCAUUCCCUUUUUCCUCAGUCCCCAGGACGUCGGAGUAAUAGCGACCACUAGAUAGCUAAUCCUCUUCCCCACUUUUCUUUGUGAUAAAACACACCCAUGACACGGCGAAUUUGAUCUCAGGAGGUGAUCCCGGGUUCACCAGGAGUCAGAGUCUCUCUUCGGGUCACUUUCCUCCUUCCCUCCCCCUGCUCCCCUAGCAUCCGUCACAGCGCUGGUUGUCAUGGAGAACUCUUCAGUGGCGUCCGCAUCGUCGGAGGCUGGGAGCACACGCUCGCAGGAGAUAGAGGAGCUGGAGCGCUUCAUCGACAGCUAUGUGCUGGAGUACCAGGUGCAGGGGCUUCUGGGAGACAAGGUGGAUGGGGACUUGGACCUGGACAAUGGUGGCAAGGUGCCACAGUGGACAGAUGACUGUAACAACAAGAAAGAUGGCAGCUGGACGUCUUCACGGGGAAGAGGCUCAACCAAGCCAGAUGAGUGGGAUCACAGCAGUAACGGCAGCACAGGUUCCAGGCCCAGUUCAGGUUCCAGACCAGGAUCUGGCUCCCGCUCAGGCAGCAGAGGCAGAAACAACCAAUUCACAUGCCCUGCCAAGAAUGGGAACAGAGAAGGCUCCCUGGACAUCCUGGGGACAGACAUAUGGGCUGCCAACACAAUGGACUCACGCGGCGGUGCCGGUUGGGACGUGCAGCCAGAGAAGCUGGACUUCAGCCAUUUCCACAGGAAACACUUCAGAGGAACGCCAAAGCACCUGCCACACAUCGACAGAGAGGGGAUGAAUAAAAACAAGUUUGAGGAAGAUGACGGCAUAGACAUGAAUGACAUAGAGAGGUUCCUGCCCCAUCUGCGCUCUGUCUUCCCUCCCCUUCCUAAUGAGGCUGAGAUCGCACAAACCAAAAAGCUGUUCCGACGCAGGAGGAAUGACCGACGAGCGCUUGAUCAGUUCACCAGAGACCAGUUAACCAUACUCCUGCCUCACGGCCCUGGGGGAAGGCGGCAUGUCUCAGCCAGGAGACAGCAGCGACCACAGGGAGGAGGAGUAGGAGGUGGUGGAGUAGGAGGAGGAGGAGGUGGAGGGGGCGGAGGAGUGAAGAACCAACCUCAGCUGAUACAACAACAGUCCCCACAGCAUCAGAGGGAUCUAACCCAACAACAAUGUCAAAACCAACAGCAGCAGAAUAUACCGGAACAGGGAGAUAACAGAAACAGUAGUGCCGGUCGGCCGCCGCGCCAGUACCAGGGGGGGCAUGGGCAGCGCCAGGGAGGACCCCCGCACCACGGAUACAGCCAGAACAGGCGCUGGCACCCCAAUCAGAAAGUUCAGGGAUACGGACAGACGAACGUUACAGGGGAUAAAGGAGUACCCCCGAGAACAACCAAAGACAAACAGACUGAGAAUGUAAAACCAGGUGAGGAGCAGAUCAGUGCACCUCAAGACUUCAGAAGUCCCACUGAAUCCCCCAGACCUGAGUCCGCACCAAACACAAAUGCUUUCCCACAACCGACAGUUAAAAAGGAAUCUCCCGACCCACCAGGAAGUAGAAAGGCAAGCGAGGGCCAGUCGGAGCGGCCCAAAAUCGACUUGCUGCAGUCGUCAAAGGAGAGGCUGAGGAGGAGACUAAAGGACAAGGAAGAGGCUGGUGUGGAGGCGUCGGGCCCCGGCUCACAGAGCAUGGACCGGCUGGUGGAGCUCCUCAACAGCAUGAGGAGCAACAGCAGCGGGGUGGAGCAGCAGCUGGCCUCCUUCAUGGAGGAGGCGCAGAAUUCGGCGCGGUGCGAGGAGACCCUGGCUCAGGUGGUCAACACCCUCUACUCCAAAGCCGUGUCGGACAGGAGCUUCGCCGCCACAGCCGCCAAGCUCUGUGACAAGAUGGCGCUGUUCAUGGUAGAGGGGACCAAGUUCAGAUCUCUGCUGCUCAACAUGCUGCAGAGGGACUUUGCCCGUCGAGAGGAGCUCCAGCAGUCGGAUGUGGAGAGGUGGUUAGGUUUCAUCACCUUCUUGUGUGAGGUGUUUGGCACCAUGAGGAGCAGCUCUGCGGACCCUUUCAGAGUGCUGGUGUGUCCCAUCUACACCUGCCUACGAGAGCUAUUGGAGUCCACUGAUGUGAAGGAAGAUGCAGUGCUGUGCUGUUCAAUGGAGCUCCAGAGUAUGGGGCGCCUCCUGGAGGAGCAGCUCCCUGAGAUGAUGACGGAGCUCCUCGCCGCCGUCAGGGACAAGAUGCUGAGCCCGGGCGAGUCGCCGCUGACCCGCUCUCUCCUCAUGGAGGUCAUCGAGCUGCACGCGCACCACUGGAACCCCCUGGAGGCCCUCACCACCCAAUACUACAACCGCACCAUCCAGAAGCUCACCACCUCCACUGCCUAGGUGCCAGAGAGGAGACCCCCCCCCCCUCCGUUGCCCCCGGAAACAUUUUCCAGUUGAGCAUCAAUGUGCUCUUCCACUUUUACCAAAACAUAGGAAUUUAACAACACUCUAAAUAAAUACAUGCUUUACGUUUUUUUGUACAUUUCACUAAUUUCUCCAAGAUGGGUGACCACUACCGCAAAAACACAAACAGACUAAUCACUAAACAGGACCCCUGACCCAUCAAGGCAACACUACAUGUGGCGUUCAAACAAUGAAAAGUGUAUUUGACACACAACAGCAGCGUAUAUGUGGCCAGUAGGGGCCACACAGGGCUGGCCACUGAGGGAUAUCGAAGGGGGGGGGGGCGAGACAACAGAGGGGUCACACAGGGGAGAGGAGGAGAGGGCAGCAGCAGCGUGCCCGUAGGGAAUAGAGCGAUUCGUACCCAAAGAUGAAUGGAGGAGGAGGGGGGGGUCAGGGUAGUCCGUGUCAGUCUCUUCAUUGUGCUCAUUUCCCCACCGCCCUCCCCCUUCUCUCUGUCUCCUUCUCCCCCCCCCCCCCCCCCCCUCCUCUGUCUCUCCCUCAGCCCCUGGGGUCUGUGUGGCUGAUAAAAGAGAGAGAGAGAGGAGGAGCAGGCGGCAGGGAGCAGACACGGUGCUGUCUGUCUGGGACCGGGUCAAAGGGUCUCACUGUGGAGCUCCCCAGCUCCCACAGCUCCUCCCCCCCUUUGUCUCCCCCAGCCCCCCCCCCCCCCCCAGCAGGAAGCCUUUCUGUGGGGGUGAGACAGCGGGCCUGCUGGGCCUGGCUGGGCGGAGGAUAAGGAUCAGGCUGGCUGGAGCUGGGUGGCAGAUGGCUGCUUGAGCCCAUGUGAGACGACACACCCCUCUGGCACCCUGCCCCCCCCCCCUCCCCAGCUCGGCCCGGUGUCGCCAAUAGAAGCAGUAGAUAUAUUGGGGGGGGGGGGGCAUUAGAAAAGCAUUAAAACAAAACACUGCUGUCUGAUAUUUCUUUUGUUUGGUCCUACAGAGAAUGGCCUCUCCCACUCUGUGUAGCCGUGCAUGUACAUGCUUUGUUCACCACAUCUUUGAUAUUGUUAUUAUAUUAUUUUUUUAAUCCUUUAGUGUUUUUGUAAAGUCUUGUUUUUACGAUGAAAUGUAUGUAUGAGAUAGUAGCGGUAGGCCUUAUUGCACAGAUUUGAUUUGUUUGCACUGUUUUGCUUUUUCAUUCAAAAAGAGGCAAAAGUUUGAAUCAUCAGUGCGCAUGGAUUCAUAUUGAGAUCUCAGUAGAGACCAAUGGGUUCAGCAUAGUGAGGGAUUUUAGUAUGUUUUAAUGGACUAGUGGCCUUGUCGUGUAUCCAUCUUUAUAGGAGCUCUCGUGUUCAGCAGAGGGCAUGCUGAGGAAAAAGAAUGUUGGACUUAUAUAAACUGUUAUGUUGCUGAAGAACAAAUCAGUUGAAGAGAAAAAAAAAUGAUGUCCAAACACUAAAAAGAGCAUGGCACAAAGAGAAGUGAAAUGCUUCUUUCAAAAAAAGAUUCUCCUACUCAAGCCAUUCUUUGCAGUGGACAUUUUGCAAGUGUUUAACAUUGACUGUAUUUGCUUUGAUUUCCAGGAAAAUGACUAUUAACAUGUGUAUCUGAAGAUGACAUUGAGGAAAAGAAGAAAUGUUGUAUGACCUCAUUAGCUAGUCUUAUGUGACCCUUAUUCCAGCUACUGUGUGAAUUAUGAUAUCAACGUACCAAGCCAAUCAUGUACCAUUUGUAAAUGGGCUUUAUAUAUAAUCUGCUUACAGUAUAUUUACAAGUAUUUAAAACCAUUGGGAUCGAGGAGGACAGUGCAACCGAGAUGUGACACACAGGAAGACUGGUUGUGUGGCUAGAGUUUGGCUUUUCCAUGCAUUUGUUUCAGGAAAUAGCUUUGUUUUGGGAGUCGUCACGCACACACACACACACGCACAUCCAUACUUAGUUUCCCAUUGAAUCUCUGUGGGCAGUUUUAAGUGUUUUUUAUAUAAUUUUCUCUGUCUUGCAUCAAGAAUUAAGAUCCUGUGUGGUAGAAACACAACCCAGAAGAUGAGUUAGAUGAAAGGUGAAUAAUGCUCACAAAUGUUUUUUUGAGGUGCAGCCUAAUCGUCUGUAAGCGUGUGUCUGCUUAAGGAGUUGUUUGUUUUAUUGUCUUUGUUUUGUUUCUAGGUUUCUAUUUAAAUUAUAUUUAGCUCAUUUAUAUAUAUUUCCCAUCUGGUGGGUUUUUUUCAAGACAUGAAACCGUUGUGAUACCUAGCUUGCUGUGUAAGUGUGGUAUUACCGUGUUUUAGCAAAUGGAAAAAAAGACCCACGGUGAGUUUUCAUUAUGCAAAGAGCGACUGGCUCUCACAGCAGAUGGGGGCAGGUGGGGAUCGCCCCCCCUCGUCUGUGGCUCUGGAGCCCCCCCCCCACCCCGCGUGCCCUUAGACCCCUCUGCACGGGUCACAUGACUUACUCGACGAUUGAAUGAGACACCCCUUCAUUUGCAUAUUCUCAUGAAUAUUGAAAAGCUAGAUUGGCAAUUGUGGGUCAUCUCGUGAGCUGUUUGUUUUGUUUUUCUAAGCAACUGAAAAAAAUAAACUAACAGGAAAAAAAAUGAU